GGAGAAACAUCUCUGACAACUCACCUCUUGCAAAGGCUUCACACCUAGGUAGAACCGCAAGGACGCCAUGAUGUACAGUUUUAUGGGUGGAGGACUCUUCUGUGCCUGUGUGGCCAACAUCUUGCUGGUGGUUUCUACAGCCACUGAUUUCUGGAUGCAGUACCGGCUGUCUGGGGCCUUCGCCCAUCAGGGCCUGUGGAGAUACUGCUUGUCCAGCAAGUGUCACAUGCAGACAGAGAGCAUCGCUUACUGGAAUGCCACCCGUGCCUUCAUGAUUCUCUCCGCUUUGAGUUGCUUUGGUGGGAUCAUCGCUGGAAUUCUGUCCUUCUCUCACUUUUCCACCUUCCAAAGGUUUAACAGAUCCUUCGCUGCAGGCAUCAUGUUCUUUAUUUCCACAUUCUUUGUACUGCUGGCCAUGGCUGUCUACACUGGAGUAACCAUCAAUUACCUUGGCAAGCGCUUCGGAGACUGGCGAUUCUCAUGGUCCUACAUCCUCGGUUGGGUGGCUAUGCUCAUGACCUUCUUUGCAGGUAUAUUCUACAUGUGUGCUUAUAGAAUGCACGAUAGUCGGCGAGGGUCAGGACCUCGUUAAUAGUGAAGAAGCCCCAUUGAAGAUUAACAAAGCAAGUCCUGAUUGAGAAAUGAACCUCCAAAUGAAAAGACCUCCAAACCUUACUCUCUGUAUCCAUAACCUCACGUUUCUCAGGUUGCACAGUACAUCUAUGCACUAUGUAAAAGGGUCUUCUGUUAAGUCCUAACAUGCUUCUUUUUUAUGGCAAACUGUUUCAGAUACAUUUAUGAGGGACUCUCUUAUGUAGUUCUCCGACUCCUGAUGAAUUAUAGUGUCCAAGAUCUACAGAUUCCAGGACUAUAGAGGGUAGUAGGUUCUGGAAUAUGUUUAGAAAAAGCUGGAUGGUGAUCACCAUGCAUAGACUUUGAACAGUAUGUACAUUUAGAACCUUUAGUCCAUAAAAGUCUUCUCCUGCCUUUGUGUUUAACAUAUGCUGAGUGCAUAAGUUGAGCUAGGACCAAUUUCCAAACUGUUGAAUGCUGCCCAAUAUAUGAUCUCUGACUAGUAAUAAAACAAAAUACCCUUUAUGGUGGAAACAACCAAUAAGUACUACUCAACCCUAGAGGCCUCCUGCUAGAUAUCUUGAAGAACAGCUGAAGAUCCUUUAAGACUAUGGGAAAUCAUCCAAAUUGUAUAUAAAUGUGUAAGGACAUGCACUCAGAUAUUAGAGUACUACACUGAGCAGAAGAUCUUAUAUUCAGUUGACAUGACAUUGUCCACUCAUGAAUGUGUCUGAAGACGGUAGAGCUUUAAAAAAAAAAGGCAUCUUAGACUAUAGAGAAUUAUCACAAUGUAAAUUCAACUAUCCCAUUCUUCUGCAUUUGCUGGGCAUAUUUUGGGUUAUACAAACAACAGAACAGAAUGAUGUGUUGGAAAUUGUAGAUGAGCAACUUUUUAAACAUUAAAGAUAGUCAUACACUGAGCAACGUAGUCCGGCAAACUAGACUUAUUUGACCAUUGAUUCAACAGACCAAUCUGUGAUCCCACCAAAUGGCACUUCAUGGUUUUGUUCAUAAGGAAGAAUCAGCCGUAUUUUCACGUAUGGGUGCUCAAAGGCCAGAUUGGAAGCCAGAGGGACAGUGUUGCUACCGAGUGUCCCUUACAAGCUGUUUCUAUUUGGCUUGCCGGUUGAAUUAGUGGAUUUUAUUUUGGCAUCUUUUGGCUAGGUAGUUAUCUAACUUAGCAGCCUCUGGGUUGGCCAGUAGCCCUCUACACAGCUUGGUUCUCGAUUCUGGACAUCUCAGAUGCCAUGACCCCAAACUACAGUUAUUAUCUAAACUCUCCUUUUGAGCUUACACAGAUUAUAAUGGUCUCACUCCUAGGUCAUAAAUUACCCCGCAUAACUGCUUGUGUCGCCUUUUUUAACCGGUUGCCCCUGAGGAAAAAUAACCAUAUCAAGGUACUUGCAAACACCUAAGGACAUUCACCUCUUGUACUUACAAGUUCUGAUUUGCCCACAAAUGUGUUUAUAAUAAAAGAGAAACCUGAUGUUUUCAUCAAGGUUUCAGUGGUGAAGUA